CGAUCAAGCGGCGUUUCCUUGAUCGGAAGAUACUUAAAAAGCUUUGAACACAAAUAGCCGCGGCCUCAAUCGGUGGGGAGUCAUGGACCUCUUACUUCUUUCCCUCCUUGUAUUGUGCUCAACAAGCAUACAGGCUGCAAUAUAUGAAAAACUCGAGGAGCUAGCGACUCUCGAUUUUGAUUACAUCGUUAUCGGAGGUGGGACAGCAGGAAACGUGCUUGCGAAUCGUUUGACGGAGGAACCCGCUAUUUCCGUGCUGGUCCUCGAAGCAGGUGGAUCAACAGCAGACGUGCUUCUCUCCCAAGUACCUUUCUUUUGCCCCCAAAUAACGCCUGGAACACCAUGGGAUUGGAAUUUCACCACAACUCCCCAACCUGGGUUGAACGGACGUUCGAUCUCGCUUCCUCGAGGAUAUGGAUUGGGAGGAAGUAGUUCCGUUAACUAUAUGGCGUACACCCGUGGUUCAUCACAAGAUUAUGACCGCUAUGCCCAGAUCAGUGGUGACCCUGGUUGGGGAUGGGAGGCUUUGAACCCGUACUUUAGGAAGAAUGAGCGCUUCGUUGCUCCUGCUGAUCACCACAAUACAUCCGGAGAAUACGAUCCAGCGGUUCAUAGCUUCGAUGGCAUCAACUUUGUUUCUCUUCCGGGAUACCCACGCGGUACGGACGGUCGCGUCAUUCAAGUGACAGAGGAGUUGCCUUGCGAGUUCCCGUUUAAUCUUGAUUAUAAUUCUGGAUACCAGCUGGGCAUUGGUUGGAUGACAUCAACUAUUGGUAACGGGACUCGGAGUAGCUCUCAAACUUCCUAUCUUGGGCCCCAGUACAUCGACAGACCGAACCUGCAUGUCUUGAUUCACGCCCAUGUAACACGAAUUCUUCCCUCGGAUACCAACACCAUACCAACGUUCAAUUCCGUCGAGUUCACUCAGGACAAUGGAGCAACAAUGCACACACUUGCGCCGUCAAACCUCAAAGAGAUCAUCCUCUCCGCAGGCUCCAUCGGUUCCCCGCAUAUUCUCCUCAAUUCAGGCAUUGGCGACAGCGCCGAACUUUCAGCUCUAGGAAUCCAACCCGUCCUUCACCUUCCCGACGUAGGAAAGAACUUGACCGACCACCCGCGAUACAUCAUCAACUUCUUCGUCAACAGCACAGAUACCACCGAGAAUCUUUAUUUCCGAAAUACCACUUUUCAGGUGGAGGCUCUGGCGGAGUGGGAAGCAAAUCGAACCGGGUUUUUGUCGACGAGAGCAUCGAAUCAAGCAGGGUUCCUUCGUAUUCCUCACGACACGGGUAUUGUGGAAGGAGAGCCUUGCGCGGGGAACGAGACGGCGCAUUAUGAAUUGAUCUUCUCUAACGGUCUGGCUCGACAACCUAUUCCCUCCACAGGAAACUAUUUCUCAAUCACGACUGCUGUUCUAUGCCCAUUAUCGCGUGGGAACGUGACCAUCGGCAGCACGAAUCCCCUGGAACCGCCUCUGAUCAACCCCAAUUAUUUCUCUCAUCAGCAAGACCUAGCUAUUAUGCAGUACGCUAUUGCUAGCGUGCAGAAAUUUGUCACCGCCCCGGCAUGGGGAGGUUAUAUCCUCGGCAUCGCAACAAACACCACUGAAGAUGACAUCAGAGAUGGCGUAGGCAGUAUCGACCAUUCAGCGGGUACCGCAAGCAUGUCCCCUCCCAAUGCGGAUUGGGGGGUGGUCAACCCGGAUUUGAAGGUGAAAGGCGCGAAAGGUAUAAGGAUUGUCGAUGCGUCAGUUCUUCCCUUUCUGCCAGCAGCGCAUCCUCAGGUAGCAGUUUAUGCCAUUGCUGAGAGAGCGGCGGGUCUCAUUCGAGCGGGAUAGAUAUUGAGAGGGAAAUUGUCGACGCUAGGAUAAUAGUCAUAUGGAUCAGGGGCCUGUUUCCUGGAAGGCAAAUGAAACAUAAUGCUUUAAUCUGUGUAUCAAGGACUGUCUUAAAUACUUUCCAAGUAGCUAUAGAGGUAAUUCUAAACCGUCGAAAUGGGAGAAUGGGCUGAUGGUGCAGUGUCUGGAUUGUAGAAGCACGAAAGCAGAACAUGGUAGUUGAGUCAAUAGUCUGGAGUUUCCUCAUGAUGUUAUUUAACUCAAGCUAUCUUGAACUUGAGCGCCG